UAUAACAUGUCCAGUACUGUGAAUUUGUAGCUAUAUAAUUAGUUAGAAAAUAGUAGAGGUCACUACUUUAGAGGGCACACAUGUAAAUUGUGAGUACAGGCAGUGUAGCAGUCUGGUGGUAUUUGUGGUGUUACAAUAUCGAUGUUAUGACAUUUGUUGAGUAAAUUGUUUUUAUCUCAGUCUGAGAUAAGAUAUUCACUCUCUACAUUUACCUUUAAGUGCCUGUAGAUCAAUAAUCAUUAAAAUGCUGUUAUGCUUCCUUUUCGCAGUGACUAUUGUUGAGGGAAAUUGCAAAUUGUUACAUCAGAGCAGUUAUACGUAAUUAUCCCAAGAAACUUGGUCAAUUACUGUUUCGAGCCUAGAAUCAGAUAGAUUUGGUAAUGAAAGUGUUUUCCAAAUUAGGAAGUGAAUGCAUUUUUGAAGACACUGAACAUUCAUCAAAUGCAUUUGAUGUGUGUGUAUUAAUCUGAUAUACAUGCGUACAGAUUAGUAGUUUUCUUUAUGUACACAUUUUUUUUUUUAUAGUUUUUUAUUGUUUUAGAAAAUAUUUUGCAAAUUCCUGUAGAGUGUUUAAAUCUCAAAUCCUAUGCCUUCCGAAAGUCUUUGAAUAUCCAUUAAUCCCUGAUGAUACAUUGGAUUGGGAGAUCUAUUCAAUGUCCUGAUAAAUCACAUGACACAACCCAUCAUCCACCAGAAAUCUGAGAACAUGCAACUCUCGGCAUCAGUGUAAAAUUGGCAGAGAAAUAUUGUUUGAAUCCAGCCUCUACAGCUAUGUACUGGUACAUGUACAACAUGACACAUAAGAGAAUGUGUAUUGAUCAGUUUUAAGUUGAAAGGAAGAAGAAUGUACCAGAGCAGGUGAUUUGUUUAAUUAAGAAUUAAUUUUUAGACAGAGGUAUCUCUCUGGAUCUCUGCAUCAGACAGGUGAGAUUGUGUGAAGAUCAGCCUGGGGUUUAGACAUUGCUUGCUCUGAUUGAUACUGCAGACUGUUUAUGCAAGAUUAAGUGAGUUUCCAAUACUGAUUUAUUUUAUAUAUAUACACACAUAUAUACACUGAGAAUAAUAUCGGCAAAAAUUGCCUACUCUGUACACAGGAUCAUCACCACUGAAGAGUCGCACAGUGAUAAUAAGGUAGAGCUAUACACAACUCGUUGGUCAAUAGAUGCGGUCCUACAAGCCAGUACCAUCCUCUGAAUCAUCCAAUCGGGGACCACAGCCAUCGACAUUUGUUUUACAUUGUAGUAAAUAGUGCUUGAUUCAGUCUUGCAGUGACAUUGAUUGGGAGAGGAUUAGAAUCCACACUGAUUGGUCACUAUUAAAGAUAAUGGGGCCUGUUUACUCUGUUAAUGGAAGCUGACAAAGUGAGGCAAGAUGGCAUGUCCUUUAUUUCUACAGAGAAUCUAAUAAGCUGAACCCCCAGAUGAAUCUGACAUCUCACACAAAGGAAAAAUUGAAAGUAGUGGAACUUUGGGAUCAAUAGAGACUCGGACGUUCCUAGAUUGAACACAGCAAUGGGUACAUGGCUUUAAAGUAUGAAACUGUCAAUAAUUGAUGCACUGCAAAGAGAUAAAAUACCUUAUGGAUCUGUUGCAAUAAAAGGAAAUUAGACUAUAUGUUCCAAGUCGAGAGCAGCGGCCUGAAGAAUUGAGACAGAUAAAGGGAGCCUGCGGUGUUCCAUGAUCAGGAAGGCACAACAUCCGUGUCAUGUCUGGGUGCUCUGUAGAUGGUGGACCUUGAUUUGAAAACGAAAUCAAUAGGAAUAAUUUCUCGGCAUCUCCAGAUUUACUUACAAAGUAUUCUCAAGAACUACUGACAAUGUUGCCAGAAAAAAUCACCACCUGUGUUCUUAGUGGCAUCUUGUUUUUUAUUUUACUGUCAUCGAUAUCAUGCUUCAAACUGGAAGGCUCUUCCUCCUCCUAUGCAAAAUUCCAGAAAUGGAGACCAUGUCAGAAUGGGUCCCUGUAUUUUGAAUUUCAAACUUCCAUUCCCAGUGCCCUACUCUUGUACACCGAUGAUGGUGGAUACACAAACUAUUUCGAAUUAUCGUUGCUUGUCGGGGCACUUCAGCUCAAAGUCAACUUAGGGGGUAGUCAGGUUCGACUCAACAUAGGGAGUAACCUGAAUGAUAGUCGGUGGCACAAAGUUGGCAUCAGCAGACAGGGGAGAACAGUGACCCUGACCGUGGAUCAGUUGUCCACCUCCCAGGAAUUUUAUAGACAAAAUUUAGAAUUCGGCAUGGGGAGGAACAGCCCUGUGUUCAUCGGAGGUCUUCCUUCGCGUUACAGAGACAGACAAUCUGAGUUGACACUGAGGCAUGUUGUAUACCAGCCUUAUCUGAGAGGCUAUGUCCGCAAUGUUUUGUAUAGUAACUGUGGAGAAAAACUAAUUCGGCCAGAGAUGUUGGAUCACAGUGGAAUUGUGGGAGAUACAAAUAUUUGCAAACAAGACCCAUGUAAGAAUGGUGGAGUUUGUAUCACCAUGGAAACAGAAACCAAAUGUGACUGCAGUUGGACUGAAUUUGAGGGAGAAUUUUGUGAAGUUGAAACAAAGAAAUCGGAGGUGACCUUUUUUGGGUCUGAGUAUAUCUUCUAUGACUUCAUGGCUCGAGGCAUGGACCCCAUCAGCAGUCAAACAGAUACAGUGGAAUUUUAUUUCAGAACCAAACAACAUACCAGUUUCCUGUUCUAUACAGGGGAAAAAAGUGACUACAUCAGUAUUGCUCUAAAAAAUGGAAGAGUGGUGGCCAUAGUGAAUUUAGGUGGUGGUGAGGCAAAGUUAGACAUAGGACCAAGUGGUUACCGCUUUGAUGACAACCAGUGGCACCAUCUACUGUUAACCCGAACAUCAAGGAAGGUUCAGUUGACGGUGGAUGGGAUACACUCUACGGAGCGCAGCACAGUGGGCGUGUUCACCAUGCUGGACAGUAAAGUUCUGUAUGUGGGCGGGCACCCUCACGCCUCGCGACUCGGCCAGGGGAUCAUCGUCACUAACUACUUCAAAGGAUGUAUGAAAAAGGUAAUUUACGUGGCUGAUGGCCGAAAGCUUGACCUGAGCAAGAUGGCUGCCACCCAGAAUAGUUUUGUCCAAGUUGAGGGAGAAAUGACCUUCAAUCAAUGUCAGGACAUUGUGGAAACCAAUCCUAUCACUUUCAUCACCCCUGAGUCCUUCAUUCCCCUUCCCCGGUGGGAGGUGGGUAAGGAGGGAGCCACUCUCUCAUUUACAUUCCAAACCAGUGAGGACAAGGGGGUGGUGAUUUACAAUAGUCGCAGAGGAAAUUCAGACUUCUUUGCUUUUGAGAUAUUUGAUGGCUAUUUGUGGUUUAUCAUAGACUUAGGUUCAGGAGCAUUCAAAGAUAGAAUUGUCACAAAAGUGAAUGAUAAACUACCACAUCAUGUGUCUUUAAGACACUUUGCAACAGGAAGAUCAGGAUCUUUUACUCUAGACAGUGAAACAAAAUCUUACACUGUGUUAGGAAAUAGCACGAACUUAAACUUGGAUGGUGAGCUCUAUGUGGGAGGAUUUGGAACCUCCAAUAAAGACAUUCCAAAAGACCUGUGGGCAGGAACCCUGGGGUAUGGGUAUGUGGGGUGUAUGCAGGACCUGGUGCUGAAUGGAAACAAAGUAGAUUUACUGACAGUGGCCAGAAAAAACAGCAGGUCAGGGAUAGGGGACCACUGUAAAGCAGAGAUGUGGAACAAGUGCCAGACCCGGCCCUGUCUGAAUGGAGGGGUGUGUACAGAAGGAUGGAAUCGAUACAUGUGUGACUGUAGGGGCACUCUGUAUAGGGGGACACAAUGUCAAUCCGUGGCCUCCAUUCUGACCUUUGAUGAGGGUCAGUACAUGAAAACGGUGUUUCCCAAGGAAUCGGUCACUGAAGUGGAGGACAUCUCCAUCCAGUUCCGAACAGAACGAGAAUCUGGACUGCUCCUGCUGACCUCAUCCCAGAAAUCCUCUGACACGCUGCUGUUGUACUUAGACAGAGGGAAACUUAAACUGGACAUCAGCAUCAAUAACAAGAGAGAGGAAAUGAUAAUUGGCCGAGAACGACUGAAUGACCUUAAAUGGCACACUGUGUACCUGACACGGCGAGGGGAUACAAUCACACUGAAAGUGGACGACAAUGAUCCUAGUGCAGUAGCAUUCUCUUCCUCCUAUGUGAAGGUCAUGAACAUUAAAAUCUUGUUGCUAGGUUCCCCUGGCCCAUUGCUUUCUGACACCUAUCCUAGUGGACGCCGGUCUAUGAAUCUACUUCAGAUGGAGGUUGGACGUAGCCUAAUGCCCCAGGACGACUUGUACCUUCGUCAAAUCCCCGGAUUUGUGGGGUCUCUGCAACAACUGUACUUCAACAACAGAGAAAUGAUUCAGCUUGCCAAGACAAACUCCCUUCCAAACCUCAAUGUAACGGCCAGAUUUGACAGUGACAAACCCAUACUGAGAGACACAGUGACAUUCAAAUCAAAAGAUGCAUAUGUUACCCUUCCCAAGCUACUUGCCAGGUCCCAAUUCUCCAUCUCCUUCCAGUUCAAGACGGUGGAGUCGGACGGCGUAUUGUUGUAUAAUGGUGGGCAAGGUCAGGACUUCAUAGCUAUCGAAAUGCAAGAUGGUUAUCUCCAUUUACUGUUUAACAUGGGGGGUGGAUCCCAGCGAGUGGUAGUCAACACACAGCAACGACUCAACAACAACAAGUGGCACCUGGUGUCGGUGCAGCGUCCAGGGCUGGAGCAGAUGCAGAUUCGUGUAGACGAUGAACACCCCACUAUCAGUGACCUCACCGGGUCCACCAGCAUGCACCUGGACCUGAUCGGGAGUCUGUACGUCGGGGGUGUCAGUAAAUCCAUGUAUGGUAACAUGCCUUACUCGUCUCGCCAUGGAUUCCAGGGAUGCAUGGCCGGCAUCGACUUUAACGGAAAAAGACCGAACCUGGUCAGAGAAGCUUUGAAGAUCUACUAUGCUGUGGAGGAAGGUUGUCAAGGACCCAGUAACAGUUGUAGAACAGACUCUUGUCAUCAUGGUGGAAACUGCAUAGAGCAGUGGAACAGCUUCCAUUGUGACUGUGAUAUGACAUCCUACACAGGACAGAGAUGUAUGCAAGAGAGCAGGACAGCCACGUUUGGUCCAGCCCAGGGUCUGAUCACGUACUACUUCCUUCCGAACUCCCUGCCCAGCCGGUCCAGCGACAGGCUGGCGUUUGGGUUCAGGACGGUCCCGAGCCUGCCCCGACAGGUCACACUUGUACGGGUGGAGAGUCGGACUAGGACGGACUUCCUAGAAGUGGAAAUUGUGGAUGGAUCAGUAUUUGUAUCCUAUAACAUGGGAUCCCAGAUGACUAUUCCCAUUGGAGACCACUUCACUAAGGUUACUGAUGGUAACUACCAUGUUGUCAGGGUAACACGUGAUGGAGCAUCAGCCACACUGCAGGUUGACAACAAUGACAUCAUCAGAAAGGACCCUAGCAAAGAUGAACAACAAUGGAGUGUAUUCAACAACCAAUCCAAGAUCCUGGUCGGAGGGAAUGGCAGUUUUGGAAAACAGUCUGCCUUCACAGGAUCCAUCACAGGAUUGGUGUUCAAUGGUAUAAGAGUCAUAGACCUGGCCAGUAAAUUAGAUCCAUUCAUUGUUACUCAAGGCAGUGUUCAGCUACGUCCACUUGGCGCUGGGAAACAUGAAAUGCAGUCCACUGAAGGGUUACGGAUAGAUCGUAAAAAUAACAAAAGGAAAGUUAAGAAUUCUGAAGCACAAACAAGAAAACCUAGAGGGAUACCACCACCUCAUGAAGCCACAGACAAUCGUAUAAAUACAAAGGAGAUACAAAAUCAUGAAAAUGUUGUAAAGUUCCCAAUGAUGAAUUCAGAGGAAUUGGAGUUACCAAGUGACUUAACAGAGGAACCACAAGGCAUCUUGUUGGACUACUUGAAUGAUGAUGCAGACUUUGAUAACAGAGCUGGCUUCCAAGGUUCAGGGGAUGGGAACCAAGAGAUGACUAGUCAAGAAGACUCUCCCUUCCUCUACCCAGAGUCAGAUAAUCAGAAACAAGGGCACCAGACUGUGGGUUAUGAGAGAAUUAGGAGUCAGUAUGGUGACUCGAUUCAUCAUGUGAUUCCCAGAAAAUUACCCACAGACUUGGGGGAAUCUAACCACAUGAAACCGUUGACUGACCAUCAGUUAGGUCGGGAGCGGGGAGUGAGGGUCAUGCUAGGAAUACAGGAAACUCAUUAUACAUACAUCCCAAUAACUGAGACACAGACCACUCCCCAGGAAGGUGUAACAGACGACAUAAUAGUCCCGGCAGGAUCAGGUGAUGGAGGGAUCAAGUGUCCCGUGGAUGACGAUGAUGACUGUACCUCUGAGGAACCAUCAGACAAUAUCAUCUCCACAACCGUCAAGUUCACCUAUAAACCCACCACCAAACCACCUUCAAAAAGUACGGAAAUUGGCCCAUGCUUUUCCAAGGACUCUUUGAAUUGUGAUGAUCAAGUUGAGAGUACCAAUUUAAUGAAGCCAGAUCAAAACUUUUCAGUAUCUGGACAGCUUACUAUAAACAAUGGCAAACUUUCAACAGAGUAUCCACAAAUUCCUGAAAAUGAAAGCCGUGAACAGGAAGUGACACAGAUGCCAAACCUCGCCCUUAUCAUCGGCAUUGUGGGUGGGGUGCUGGUAGCUUUGAUAAUUCUCAUAAUAGCUCUAUAUAAAUUCCGUAGCCGUGACGAAGGAACGUAUAAAGUGGACGAGAGUCAGAACUUUGCAUUUCUGGAAAAGAAGCCGCAGCAGAGUAACGGAGGAUUGCUAGGAAACCACAGUAGUGGUGGCGGAAAAUCGGGGAAGAAAAAGGAUGUUAAAGAGUGGAUCCUCGAGAUUUGAGUAAUGCCAAAGUGAGCAGGCGUGUUCGGCUUCAAUGGCUGGAUCAUAUCGGUGCUUUCUCUGAAGUGUGACUCGGCACGGCUCUAAGCUAUGUUGUGAUGGAUGACAUUUUUCUAUGAAAUGUAGUUAGAAGUUUUUCAGUAUUCUUUUUGCCAAAUAGUUUGGACCAUGUACAAUAUGCAUUCCCUAAGUUUUCUGUAGAGACAGAUCAAAAUUCAUUCCAUUUGUGUAGUUUGUGGAGGAAAUUCACCAUGAGUUGACACAUUCAAACACAUCAUGUUACAUUGACUGACUUCCAGAGGUUUUGUGAAUGUCAUUUCAGAUUUACACUUUCUUCAUGUACUUUAUUUAAUGGACAAUUCAAAACUAGACCCACCUGUAACAGGAUUUUUUCUGGAGUUUACUUUUUACAACUACUUAAUCCAUCCAUCAGCAAUGCUUUUCUUUUGUAGAACAGGUUUCAUAAGCUUCACAGUUUGUAGGAUAUGUCAUAUUUAUUGAAAUCUCAAAUCAAAAUGUAAACAUAUAAUUCUAUGCCAUUCGACAUUUCCAUUCAUCUGUAUUUCAUAAAGAUUGCUCCAAAGAUUUUUUUUUUUUGAAAUUGUCAGAACCUUUGGGCUGUGGCAUAGGCAUAUUUGAGAAAUUUCAAUGCAGAGACAUAUCCUUCAUUUACAGAAACAAAAUUUCAAGUUCCAUAUUCUUUUUUAUGUGUACCUUGUUUGAUGGAAGGAAGUAUGAAUUACAAUAGAUGUAUGUAUGUUUUAUGAAUACAUCUAAUAUGUAUAUUUUAUUAUUUUCAUAAUAUCAAGAAUUUCAAAGAGUUAUGUUUUAUUUGUUUUUCUAAAUGAUGAAUUUAGCUUUUUCGCUAUCAUUUUCUGUUGAAUUAUGCAUCAGAACUUUAUCCCCCAAAAGUUAUUUCUUGUAUACAUGUACAAUUUACUUGUUCAGAGAGGUAAAAAAAAACUGUCUUGUUACGUGUAUGUGAAUUAUACCCUUACUGUAAAUGUAGCAGCCUUUGUGUUUUUUACUGGAAUGGAUCGAGUUUGUGAGACUACUUGUUAAAAUCAUAGUGUGAUGCUCCCAGUGCAAUAUUUAUAUGCUUCAUGCUAUUAUUUGACCUUGUUUUCGGCCAUUGUUUUGUGAUUUUUUUGUUGAUGAUAUAGGAGGGUUUUUGUGCCAUAUGUUUUGUUGAGUGAAUGAAAAGAGACCUGUAUAUAAAUGCAAAUAAAACUGUUUACCAAAACACAGA